AUGUCUUUCCAACUUCCUCACCGGGGUCUACCACAAGAGCUAAGGGAUAUAAUCUACAAGCACGCGCUCUGCCCGCACGAGGGCCUUACCAUCCAGCGAGAUGGUCCCAGAGAACCUUCCGAUUCCCUCGAUAUCUCGAAAUUCAAAAGCGUGCAGCCUACAGCGCCAGCCCUAUUGCGCACGAGCCGCCAGGUUUACUCCGUGACAUUGCCCCUAUUAUACGGCGCAAACAACUUCACUCUGGACAUGAAAUGCUCGGACGCUUUGCUAUUCCUGCAAGCUCUGCCCAAAGACAGCCGGCUGCAGACCAAAGCUCUCACUAUCCCGGGCAAUCUCAUCGCGGCGAUUAAAUUUAGCAACCAAGCCCAUGCCGACAAGCUCAGCGCCUUUCUCAUUCACUCCAUGCGCCUUGAGCGCAUCAUCCUAGCGGUACCGAACCCACCGUCUGCCAGCAGUACCGGAGCGUUCGAUGGCGAGUUCAGGUGGUCCACGUGGACACUACACCGGGCCCUGAUCGACGCAUUCAAAGCUGGCCAUUUUCGCGCCAUUACCGUGGCCCGUCCAGAACCGUACGGCGAACGCGUGGAUGUCCACUAUUUCUGCCAGGUCAGGCAGCACGUGGAAGAGCGCCUGCUGGAGGACUACCGGGAACAGCUGCGGGAGCGGCGGCGCGCGUACUGGGACGCCGCAUACGAGGAUGCUGUUAACCACGCCGUUGCGAAUGACUCGCGCGAUGCUCUUGCUGAGUUUGUGAGAGAUACGUGGAGACGUGCGGGAUAUGCCGUCGAGUGUGAUGGUGGCGUCCGUCUGGAAGACAUCGGUACUUUCUUUGCUGUCCGGCGAAUAGCUGCACCUCCGGAGGGAGCCGCAGAUUAG